AUGCUUCCCCGUCUUCGGCCACUCCCCAGUCUUCUUCGACUCCCCAACGAGUUAAUUUGGGAGAUUGCCAAAUUUUCAACGAGACCCAAUCGAGCAGCGCUGACAAGGACGUCCAAGACCGUCAACGCAAUCGUUCGUCCGGUCCUAUACAAGCUGACGGACACGGAGGUGUUGGAGGUGUUCGUCCGUUCAGGAGACAAACAGUGGGAGGAGACUAUGGUCGUUCUCUUAGACAGAAUUCUUCGCAUGAAUAAACAAGACCCACGAAUGGGCUACCAAGCCCUAACAGCUGCAUCACAGUGUGGUUCCCUCCGAGUCGUGCAAGCCCUACUCGAUGCCGGAAUUAAGCUCGGCCCUUCACGAAAUCUCGAUGAUGACGACGAUUCGACAGACGAUUCGAUAGACGAUGAAGACAUUGAAGAAUGGAAUAUCGGGGGCCUUCCAGUCGAUAAUGUCUGUGACACUCCACUAAUAGCUGCAGCCGACGAAGGCCAUAUCGGCGUAGUUAGACUGCUGCUUCAAUACGGGGCAAAUCCCAACUUCACAUCAAUGGUAACAUCUCCAAUGGAGGCUGCUGCUGGAAACAACCAGGUGGACGUAAUGCGAGUCUUACUUGCUGCUGGGGCAAGUGCUCACGCUCUUGGUCUUCCAUCGCCGCUUGUUGCCGCAGCCCGCGAGGGUCAUAUCGAAGCAACUCAAUUACUACUUUCAGCCGGAGUACAUCCGGACAGGGAAGGACAAUCCACAUCCCCUAUUAUCCAGGCCGCGCGGUUUGGACAGACGGACAUUAUUGGAAUGCUACUAGCGGCUGGAGCAAAUCCGGGGAUUGCAAAGGGGAACGGGAUGAAUCACACAACGGCACUAAUAGAGGCAACCAAAAAGGGGCAUCUCUGUGCAAUGGAGACUCUCAUAUGGGCCGGGGCAAAUGUCUGCGGUGCAAGCCAUUCCUCAUCUCCUCUCCGCGAGGCCAUUAUAACUGGAGAUCUCCCCUCCAUGAUGAUUCUUCUUCGGCCGGGUGAAACUAAUCGGCGUCAACUAUCACCGUUUGGGGAGGAAUAUAUCCUGCACAUGGCGGCAUCCCUGGGAAAUGCGGAGACAAUUGCUUUCCUGCUCGCACAAGGCCUGCAUGUAAACUCGCAGGACCCAACUAACACGACCCCAAUCUCACGAGCGGCAGCGGUUGGAAACGUGGGCGUGGUGCGUGUACUCCUCGCUCACGGCGCUGGCGUCCAUCUUGCCAACACUGCGGGAUAUACACCAUUGAUGCAUGCCGCUUGCUGUGGCAAUGUGGAAACCAUCCGCCUACUCCUUGACGCCGGGGCCGAACCGAAGGUUACAACCCAGGAGGCAAUCUGCCACACCCCAUUGCUUAAGGCCUUGGUCUGUGGGCACGGAGAGGCUGCCCGUGUCCUCCUAGAGCAUGGAGCAGAUCCAUGCGUGAGUGACGCCCAGCACCGUACAGCUCUAUCCCAUGCCGCUGGAUCCACAGACGAAGGGACUGUACGCGCUUUGCUCGCUGCAGGGGCUGAUGUCAAUGUUGUAGACGAUAUGGGUUGGAACCCGAUUGAUUAUGCUGUGAUCCGUCCUCAUGUCGGUAUCGUAGCAGCACUGAUCGGUCCUGGCCAAGGUUUCCGUUCUCUCACUGACGUAUAUUUCCCACUUGCCCUGCGGGUUGCAAUAGGAAAUGGCGACGAGAGAAGUGUUGCCGACCUUGUGCUCCGGAACACGCCUCUCAAUCAACCUGAUCAAAUGGGCAGAACCGCUCUCAUGUUCGCCGUGAUACAAGGGCGGGCCGCUAUCGUUGAGCUGCUGGUAGGGUCAGGGGCAGAUCUAAACCAUACCACGUCUACCGGUGAGACGGCUUUGAUGUAUGCGUGCAAGUGGGGAUGGAUAGGUAUUGCCUGGAUCUUGGUAGCUGCUGGUUGCGAUGUCGACAUGAGAGACGACGAAGGGAAAGCUGCCCUGGAUCAUUUCAAUCCUGAGUCUCCGCCUCCUGCUGAUUUGGUUGACCUUAUUACAGCUGCCCGAACCGUUGCCUCUUAG